AUGCGCGCGACGCCCUCACUGAUGGCCAAGGGCAUAUUCUCCCGAACCAUGGACGAGUUCAAGCGUCGCGCAAGUAUUGUCGCAAAAGCCGAAGGCAUCAAGGGCCCCUCGGGUCCUUACAUCCUCCAAGACUUCCGCGCACCGGGCUCGACCGACGACUGCAAACUCAUGUCCGACCAAGAGAUUGGCGGCUUCUCCCACAGCGCCCUCGAAUGGGUCUCCUCCACCCCCUCCUCGACAGCGACGACAACAUCACCACAAAGCACGCCGACGACAAGCGCAGGCCACGCCCGCUUCCACGGCACAAUAUCAACAGACCUCCCCAAAAACGACCCCAAAAUCCAACGCACAGGCUUCGCGGCAUGGCGGACGCCAGACCAGAAGCCCACGCUCUUCGGCAAGGCCGUCUGGGACAUUGACCCGUACUCCUACCUCGCGAUGCGCGUGAAGUCGGACGGCCGGAGCUACUUUAUCAACCUGCAGACCGACUCGGUGGUACCGACAGAUUUGCACCAGCACAGGCUGUUCGCCAAGCGCCCCGGGGAGUGGGAGACGGUGUUUGUCAAGUGGAACGAGUUCGUAAGGACGAAUCACGGCUUCGUUAUUGAGCCACAGACGGAGAUGCUAAGGUCCAAGGUCACGACGGUUGGUGUGGGGCUUACGGAUCGGGUGCCGGGGCCGUUUGAGCUUUGCAUUGAGAGGAUUUGGGCGACGAAUGAUGUUGAUGAGGUUGACGGGGGCAGUGAAAGUGAUAUUUUGGCUGCAGAUGAGGCGAGAGAGGCGCGGGAGAGCGAGUUGAGGAAUCGGCAGGGGGAAAGCAUUCGUUGGAAAGAGACUUGA